CUCGAGAACUUCGUGGGCCGGGAUUUCCUGCCCCGCGGCUCUGGCAUCGUCACCCGGCGGCCCCUCAUCCUGCAGCUCAUCUUCUCCAAGACAGAAUACGCCGAAUUCCUGCACUGCAAAUCCAAGAAAUUCACAGAUUUCGACGAGGUGCGGCAGGAAAUCGAGGCGGAAACCGACCGGGUGACGGGGACCAACAAAGGCAUCUCCCCCAUCCCCAUCAACCUCCGCGUGUACUCCCCGCACGUGUUGAACCUGACCCUCAUCGACCUCCCGGGCAUCACCAAGGUGCCCGUCGGGGACCAGCCGCAGGACAUCGAGUACCAGAUCAAGGACAUGAUCCUGCAGUUCAUCAGCAGGGAGAGCAGCCUCAUCCUCGCCGUCACGCCGGCCAACAUGGAUCUGGCCAACUCGGAUGCGCUCAAGAUGGCCAAGGAAGUCGAUCCGCAAGGCUUGAGGACCAUCGGCGUCAUCACCAAGCUGGAUCUCAUGGAUGAAGGCACGGAUGCCAGGGAUGUGCUGGAGAACAAGCUGCUUCCUCUCCGGAGAGGCUACAUCGGGGUGGUCAACCGGAGCCAGAAGGACAUCGAUGGCAAGAAGGACAUCAGGGCCGCGCUGGCGGCCGAGCGCAAGUUCUUCCUCUCCCACCCCGCUUACCGGCACAUGGCCGACCGCAUGGGCACCCCACACCUCCAGAAGGUCCUGAACCAGCAAUUGACCAACCACAUCCGGGAGACGCUGCCUUCCCUACGGAGCAAGCUCCAGAGCCAGCUCCUAUCCCUGGAAAAGGAGGUGGAGGAGUACAAGAACUUCCGGCCCGAUGAUCCCACGCGGAAAACCAAAGCGCUGCUGCAGAUGGUCCAGCAGUUCGGGGUGGACUUUGAGAAGCGGAUCGAGGGCUCCGGGGACCAGGUGGACACGCUGGAGCUCUCCGGUGGCGCCAGGAUCAACCGCAUCUUCCACGAGAGGUUCCCCUUCGAGCUCGUGAAGAUGGAGUUUGACGAGAAGGAUUUGAGGCGGGAGAUCAGCUACGCCAUCAAGAACAUCCAUGGAGUGAGGACGGGGCUCUUCACCCCGGACCUGGCCUUCGAGGCCAUCGUGAAGAAGCAAGUGGUGAAGCUCAAGGAGCCGUGCCUCAAGUGCGUGGACCUCGUCAUCCAGGAGCUCAUCAACACGGUCCGGCAGUGCACCAGUAAGCUCGGCUCCUACCCCAGGUUACGGGAGGAGACGGAACGCAUCGUCACCACCCACAUCCGGGAGCGGGAGGGCAGGACCAAGGACCAGAUCCUGCUGCUCAUCGACAUCGAGCUCUCCUACAUCAACACCAACCACGAGGACUUCAUUGGCUUCGCCAACGCCCAGCAGCGGAACACCCAGGCCAACAAGAAAAGGGCCAUUCCCAACCAGGGGGAGAUACUGGUGAUCCGUAGGGGCUGGCUCACCAUCAACAACAUCAGCAUCAUGAAGGGAGGAUCCAAGGAAUACUGGUUCGUGCUGACGGCGGAAUCCUUAUCCUGGUACAAGGAUGAGGAGGAGAAGGAGAAGAAAUACAUGUUGCCUCUGGAUAACUUGAAAAUCCGGGAUGUGGAGAAGGGCUUCAUGUCCAACAAGCACGUCUUCGCCAUCUUCAACACGGAGCAGAGGAACGUGUACAAGGACCUCCGUCAGAUCGAGCUGGCCUGUGAUUCCCAGGAGGACGUGGACAGCUGGAAAGCCUCCUUCCUCCGCGCCGGAGUUUAUCCGGAGAAAGACCAAACGGAGCCGGAGGACGGCGCUCAGGAGAACACGUUUUCCAUGGAUCCCCAGCUGGAGCGGCAGGUGGAGACCAUCCGCAACCUCGUGGAUUCCUACGUGGGCAUCAUCAACAAAUCCAUCCGGGAUCUCAUGCCAAAGACCAUCAUGCACCUCAUGAUCAACAACACCAAGGACUUCAUCCACUCCGAGCUCCUGGCCUACCUUUACUCCUCGGCCGACCAGAGCAGCCUCAUGGAGGAGUCGGCGGAGCAGGCGCAGCGCCGCGACGAGAUGCUCCGCAUGUACCACGCGCUCAAGGAGGCGCUGCACAUCAUCGGCGACAUCAGCACCAGCACCGUGUCCACCCCCGUGCCCCCCCCCGUCGAUGAUACCUGGCUCCAGAGCGGCCCCUCCGCCCACAGCCCCCCGCCCCAGCGCCGCCCCUCCAGCAUCCUGCCCCCGGGCCGGCCCCCGGCCGUGCGGGGCCCCACGCCGGGGCCUCCGCUCAUCCCUAUCCCUGCCGGGGCUCUUUCCACUCCUUCCUCUUCUUCCUCAUCCUCCUCCUCCUCCUCGGCCGCCCCCCCCAUCCCAUCCCGCCCCGGACCCCAGCUCCUCUUCGCUGCCAACAACGACCCCUUCUCGGCGCCGCCGCAGAUCCCGCUGCGCCCGGCCCGCAUCCCGCCUGGAAUCCCGCCCGGCGUGCCCAGGUAA